AGAACACGUGUGACGUCAGCUUCAGUUCAAAAUGGCUGACAGCGAGUUGAAUGUUGACAGUCUUAUUUCCCGCUUAUUAGAAGUUCGAGGAUGUCGUCCAGGAAAGACAGUCCAGAUGACAGAAGCAGAAGUGAGAGGAUUGUGCCUUAAAUCCAGAGAAAUCUUUCUAAGCCAACCGAUUCUGCUAGAGUUAGAGGCACCUCUGAAAAUAUGUGGUGACAUACAUGGGCAAUACACAGACCUGCUGCGCCUUUUUGAAUAUGGGGGAUUCCCUCCAGAGGCCAAUUACUUAUUUCUGGGUGACUAUGUUGACAGAGGAAAGCAGUCGCUGGAAACUAUUUGCCUGUUACUGGCCUAUAAAAUCAAAUACCCUGAAAACUUCUUUUUAUUACGUGGCAACCAUGAAUGUGCAAGCAUCAAUCGAAUUUAUGGAUUUUAUGAUGAAUGUAAACGAAGGUUUAACAUCAAGCUAUGGAAGACAUUCACAGACUGCUUCAAUUGCUUACCUAUAGCUGCCAUCAUAGAUGAAAAAAUAUUUUGUUGUCAUGGAGGUUUAUCACCUGACUUGCAGUCCAUGGAACAAAUCCGACGAAUAAUGAGACCAACAGACGUACCAGACACAGGUUUACUGUGUGAUCUCUUAUGGUCUGAUCCAGAUAAAGACGUCCAAGGGUGGGGGGAGAAUGACCGGGGAGUAUCUUUCACAUUUGGGGGAGAUGUUGUCAGUAAAUUUCUCAACAGACAUGAUCUUGAUUUGAUCUGCAGGGCACAUCAGGUUGUUGAAGAUGGAUAUGAAUUUUUUGCCAAGAGACAGCUGGUGACCCUGUUUUCAGCCCCCAACUACUGUGGGGAGUUUGACAAUGCAGGAGGAAUGAUGUCUGUAGAUGAAACACUCAUGUGCUCCUUCCAGAUAUUGAAACCUUCAGAGAAGAAGGCCAAGUACCAGUAUGGAGGGUUAAACUCAGGACGACCUGUCACGCCACCUAGAGGUGCCACACAACCCAAGAAGAAAUAGACUUUGAACUCUGUUACCUUGAACAUUUACACUAGCUGACUGCACAAACAUUGUGCGGUGCCCAGAAAUUAUAUUGAUGGGCCAUAGGAUUGGGACAAGACUCCCGAUCUAUACAUCUUCAGAUCUUGACCUUUAUAUCUAUAUGAAUACAUAUACAUAUAUAUCAUCUGAUAUAUAGCCAGUCGUUUUUUAUGCAAGACCACUGUGGCGUUGGAGAGGAAUUUUUCAUGUGUUAUUUGAAGUAGCAGGUAAUGUGCUGCAUUAAUCUGUGGAAUUGCUUGUACCACUUGGCAUGGUGGUGUUAUGUUUAGUGGAUGGCGACCUUUUGCUCAUUCUAGCAUGGAAGAACUUUACAAAAGAAAAUAAGGUGUUACAUUUUUCUUUUACAAGUUGGUCUCUGAAAUGGUUGUAUUUUUUUUUUUUAGUUCAUUAGUAUUGUCAUAAAGAUAUGCUGGUGUACACCAGGUUAGGAGUAAGUGUGAUGGUGAUUGUCACAAUUAAUGUGGUAUUUGUUAAAAGAGGAAAAUGAAGUGUGUUAGAUGUGACAGUGAUCACAACCAAAAUGUCA